AGUUCGUCAUAUGAUAAACCCGGAAGAUGUCGAUAGUUUCGGUUAAGCCUGAAAUCUCUCUUGUUUUUGCGAAAUUUCUUCUUUUUGCAUGAUCUUUCGUUCAUAAAUUGGGUUUAUUUCGGUGGCUGAUCAUGUCCACGGGCCACACCAAGGAGCCGAGUUUUCUAGGAGGCAGAAUUCCUCCUGAAAUCGAGUCGAUGUCUAAGAAUCUGAAGGAUUUGGAUCAAGACACGUUCAGAAAGUUACUAAAAGCGGUAGUGGGGGCUCUGGAAGGCAGAGACAACAGAGACGCGAUCAAGUCCGUUUCGGAAAACUGUUUGAUUUCUCCAAAUAAACUGAAUCACGUUGUCGCAGGAAUGUACCAGGUUCUAUCUGAGGCUAUACGCAUCUCCUCAGCAACACUCAAACAGGAGGCUUUUAAAGAGGACCUGCGUGAUUUGAAAAUCCCAGAAGAGUUCAUCUCUGAUUUCUCCAGUGUGGUCUUUGGAAACCGUCGUGUGGCACUCGAGGCAGCGUCCUCUCAGACAGACCCUCACCUGCCCACUCUGGAGCAGCUGCAGUGGAGAGUGGAUGUGGCCAUCUCCACUGGGUCUCUGUCUCGAGCAUUGCAGCCCUCUGUUCUGAUGCAGAUGAAACUGUCAGACAGCUCAUUCAAACAGUUUGAGGUUCCUGUGUCGAAGUUCCAGGAGCUGCGGUACAACGUGGCUCUGAUCCUCAAAGAAAUGAAUGAUUUGGAAAAAAGAAAUAUUCUCAAAAUCCAGGACUGAGCCAAAUUUAUUGGACUUUUCAAAUGACUUCAUAUAUUACACCGUUUUAUAACGUUUUAUUAUGAACAUGAUUAAACUGUAAAUUUCAAUGUAAGUCAGAGCUGUUUGUCUAUUGUGUUAGUUACUUACUUUUUUAAAGGGAAAACACAGUCAAUUCUACAUUAGGGGGUGUUAUGCAAAAUAGCUUUCAACCAUGCUAUAAUGUUGUUUCCUCAUCAAAAACAUGCCUGAGGUUUGUUUAUAUGUCAUGCAUGCAUGUUUGAUUAAUUUAGCAAUCUCUCCCUGGCCCUAUUCAGACCCUCCUUAUGGUUAACAGCACAAGCCUGUCAAGGCUCCACCCACAUGCCUAUGCCAUCCACGCUCCCACAUGACAUCUCUCCAUAAAUAUACAAUGUCAUGAUACAAAACUACACAACUUGACAAACCUGAUUCCAUGUGCAGUAGUUUCUUUAGCGGGAUGCACGCUGAUUGUGUUGUGAUGUCACUCUAUAUUGGGAGUGACUUAUAAAAUAUGUUAAUACAUUGUUUUUGCUGAAUAUAAGUAAAAUAACCCCUCUUUUAAAAAAAAUAACACUGAUUUAAUCUGACAUCUUAUUUUUCAUUUCUGUCUUUGUCACAUUAGACUUUUUGCAUAAUUUUUGUGGUCAAAACCUGGACAGCUGUGAAGACAGUCAGACAGAAAGCAGAUUACUCACAUCAGAUGGAACUGUUUACAUUUCAGUCAUUGGAUAACUCCAGAAAUAAGAUCAAGAUUAUAUUUCACAUGUACAUUUAAACAUAGCUAUUUUUAUGGUGCAGUUAGGUCCUCUAGCGUCUUCUAGAUGCAGGUAUCCUAGUGGCUACCUUCUAGUAGGUUUCAGCUUUCUGUUUGUAGAGCUCAGAAUGGAUAAUCAAAAAUUUGUCAUUGAACUUGGCAUAAUACUAUAAAAAAAAAAAAUUUUUAAUUGCUGGGUCAGAAUUAGAGCUGUAGUCGUUUAGCCAAUUAAUUGGUCAUUGAAGUCUUUGUUGACCAAAAUUUGUAUU